GUGAGUUUCGCAUGCUCGUACAGUUCUUCCUGCCAAAAUAAAUUCCUGCCGCAACGUUGAUCGUGUUGCCUCAAUCGCAACAGAAGUCACGUAUAAAACCUGCAGGAGAACGGAAUCAUUAGUGCAGUGGUGCUCAUACUUGCAAUUGUUAAUGAAAGUGCCAAGUGAACUGAAGUAUUUCAAGUGUUUGACGGUGCUGCGCCUAUAGACGUUUCAGUCGCACUAUUUGGGCUCAACGGCGUCGCACGGAUUGUUAAGAAGAAUUUUGGUAAACGGUGCGCGAGGCGCCGAGAAAUCGCGAAAUGGAGUCUUUGAAACCCGAGAUGCCAUCCGCUGGCGCAACCCCAGCGAAUCGGGUGACUAUGGCCGUUCGUUGCGACAAACCAAUCCUUGAACUGCCGAAACUGGUUCCCGUCACAGACCCGAAGCCCUCAAUGGAAUCACCACAACAGUCCAUGCUGAGGAAGUCAGUUACUACGUCAACAACGGCAGCAGGAGGGCAGCCGAACUUAGUCAAACUCGUCCAGAAGACCAUCCCCAUCAGAACGAUCCAAGGACCGAAUGGGAAUCUUAUCGUUCAAGGACCGAAAAACAAGAUAUUGUCACUUCAAAUAAAAGGAACGAGUAUAGCGUCUCCGCAGCUGGUUCCAAUCAACUUUCCCAAUGAAAACAAGACAGCUAUGUUAAAAGUGUCUGGCGUCACAUCUUUCCAAACUCAUAAACUUGUCCCAAAAGAGACUUCAACAACAAAAGCCACUGCUUCAAAGCAUUUGUUCUCGAAUUUGAAGCAUUCUAAAGAUGUUAUGAUGACUUCAAAAACGCCUUCGAAACAAUCAACAUCUUUAGUAAAACUCACAACGCAAGACACACAGACUUUAUUCAAAGUACCCUCGAAGGAACCGCCCCCGGCUUCCAAACUAUCACCUAAUAUCACGUCAUCGUUGCCGACCGCUACUUCACAAGUAAUUAAUACACUGGUAUCAUCGAAAGCUUUGGAGAUAAAACCAAUUACAGUCACUGAUUCUCCGAAGGCGCUCACGCCAGCACAGGCGGCAACAGUUCCAAUCACACAAAUUACGCCUACAAAUUUGCUAACAAAAUUAUGUACGACAAAAGCGGAUACAGGUGAUUUGGAUACAGUUACAAUUGAAAAGAAGACUGUGAAAAAACUACAGCCGACUAAGUUAGUCCCCUCAAGAAAAGACUAUGGAAGUAAUGUCGUAUUUACCCCAACAUCGACCUCUGGCAAUAAAAUGAUCAGUUUACAAAUAUCAAACGGAAGGCUCUCAGAUCCGAAUGGCCCGAUUAAAUUGAUAUCAGCUAACAACCCUGUCACCAAAGUACAACCAGAGAAAUUGGUCGAUAAACCGAAUUCAGAUAAAACAGAGUCCCCAGCAUUAGAUUCUCCUCCAUUGCCACAUAAAGAAGAAGUCGAGAAGUCACAAAGCAGUGCUUCGAGUAUACCGCAACAAACCACGGAGCAAAGUGCACCGGAGGAAGAAUCUGCCGUACAAAAUAAACAAAUUAAACGAAAACAGCAAUCUUUGCUUCGUAACAAAACUAUUGAGGACCUCCAAAGAAGUCCCCGCACUAAAUGUCGUUCAAAAUCACUCACUGUUUUCCGCAACAAAUUAAAACGCCAGAAACGGAGAUUGUCUACCGCCUCAGACAGUGACAUAAAGAAAGUGAACCGUGUGAAGCUAAAUACAGCUUCGUCUCUUACAAUCAAUAAGACUCCGCCAGAAAACCAAGUCAACAAACUGCUUUGUCCAGAAAAGAUCUCAACAAGCAGCGAUUCACUGGGGUCUACGUCUCCGAUUGAGGAGAAAGUCGCCUCUGUGCCGAUUAAUUUUGCUCCCACAGAAAUUAUCGAAAUGAACAGUUCUGAUGACGAUGAUAAAACAGCGAUAGAGGAACGCAUAAAUCGUUCCUCCCCACCGACAAAAGUGGGUGAGAAUGAGAUUUACAGCUGCUUGAAUUGGCAUGAUGGAGUAGGUUCCUUGAAAGAGAGCAGCUUGCAAUUCCAAUUCAACGAAUUUGGCCUUAUCGAAAUAUUGGAAUCGGCACCAAUAAAAACUGAACUGGACUGUCAUUAUGAGAAACCGAUUUUCGAAAGAGAAGUUAAAUCACAAAAAACUCUAGAUUACAGCAAUCCGUACUUCUGUAAAGGAUGCAAUUGCAAAGGUGCAGCUGUUGACUUUUUGACUCCAGAAUUUUGUAGUAGAGAAUGCAUCAGGAAAUACAACAGGCGCUUGGGUGGUAAUGUUAGUAACUUUAAGACCACUAAGAAGUACACAAAUCGGAAAAAGUGUAUAAUACCUAUGGAAGAUCUAGAUAGUGACCCUCUGGAGAUAAAGUCCGAUCUCUCACUUCUUUUGAAACCAAGCAAGUUCUUUUCAUGGGAAACAUAUCUGAACGCAAGCAAAGGAAAGCCUACUCCUAUCGAGUUGUUCUUGAAUCCAUUCCCGUGCAGUUCAAAUAUGUUCCAAGUUGGAAUGAAAUUAGAAGCAAUCGACCCAGAGCAUAGUUCAAUGUUUUGCGUCUGCACAAUCGUGGAGAAAAAAGGCUACCGCCUCAAACUUAAUUUCGAUGGAUAUUCGAAAUAUUACGACUUUUGGGUGAAUGCAGACUCCAUGGAUAUCUUCCCGCCCGGAUGGUGUGCCAAGACGAAUCGAACUCUACAACCUCCAAGAGGAACCAGUCCGCUUUCAUUCAAUUGGCCAAAGUAUUUGACCCAAACAAAAGCCCUACCAGCCCCCAGAAAUUUAUUCACGCAUCUUAACUCAUCGUCACAGACGCACGGAUACAAAGUUGGCAUGAAAAUCGAAGCAGAUGAUUUGCGGAAUUCUGGCAAAGUUUGCGUUGCUACAAUCGCCGACAUCCUUGACAAUCGGCUACUCAUUCUUUUCGAUGGAUGGGAUGACAGCUACAGCUAUUGGAUUGAUAUCAAUUCACCUUACAUUCAUCCCGUCAACUGGCAUAAAAAGAAUGGUUUUUCGAUAGUCCCUCCACCUGAAUAUGAGGAACGAUUCUCGUGGGGAGCGUACCUCGCAGAAACAGGUGCCGAACCUGCCACGGAAGACUUAUUCAAAACACGUGAUCCUGUCGAUUUUAAGCCGGGAUAUAAAUUGGAAGUCGUUGACAAACGUAAUCCUGCCCUUAUUCGCCCAGCGAGCGUCGUCAUGACCGAUGAUUAUGAAAUUAAAGUGCUGUUUGAAGGCUGGCCCAUGGAAUAUGCGUUUUGGAUAGAAGACGAUAGUCCAGAUAUUCAUCCAAUUGGUUGGUGCGAGAUUACAAAUCAUGAGCUAGAACCACCACCAGAGUAUGACAGCUUACCAUCGAGAUAUGACUGCAAAUUUCCCGGAUGUCGGGGUAUUGGAAACGCACUUCACCCUGAACUCGAUUAUCAUACAAACAUAUUGUCCUGCCCGUACGAAACUGCAAACUGGUCUAAGGAAAUUGACAAGACAGGUCGCCUGAAUAAUUUCAACAGAUAUGAUACUAGUGCCAUGUUGAACAAACCCAAGGAAAUUAUUCCACGAAAUAAGCGCAAGGCCGACACUUCGCCGCGCCCGCAUAUCAUCGCCAAAUUGCCAAAGCAUCAGAUGCAGGUGCAACACUCACUCCUUCAGCAGGCAUCACUUCAAGUUACUGGAUCAACAGGCAUGUCUUUGCUAGCGAACAAAAGCAACAAAUCAGAAACCAACAUUGACACAAUCAACAUUGCACGACAUUUAUUAUGCGACUAUGGCCCGCGUUUACAGCAAGUCUACCCUCUAUGGAAGCAGAAUUCCGAGUGUCUAGCGGUUAAUUUGUCAGAAAACAAGGAUCACAGUAAAAAUCCACUGGAAUGGAGCGUGGACGACGUAGCUGAAUAUAUUAGUAAGUUACCACGUUGUCAAGCAAUAGCACAAGAAUUUAUCAAGCAGGAUAUCGACGGCUCAGCAUUCCUUUCAAUGCGUCAGAGUGAUCUCACCGAAUUCAUGAAAAUUAAACUAGGACCCGCCAUAAAAAUCUACAAUCAAAUUGUACAGCUACGCGAAGAGGUUGUGACCCGAUUCAUGACUGGCUCAUCGAGAGUGAGUUAAGUCUUAGUUAUAAGACUUUUUGCAUUUUUCUUUUUCUGCGAAGGGAAGUUUUAACACCAGCUGCAGUGCAGCUUCAGAACCAUUCCGACAUAUGAUUGAGUUGUAUCCCCAAAUUUGCAUGUUAAUUUAAUCUGUGCGUAACGCACUUUUACACCAAUGCAUGCAACUUGUAAAAUAUGAAAGAUUCGGAACACCAAAUAGAAACCACUUGUUGAUGGCAUGCUAUCAGUAUUUCAACUUCUACUGAAAUAUUAUUAUUUUUUAUUUGAAAGGAUCUCCACGAUGAAAAAGAAGUUGAGAUUUUUUAUUUAGAACAAUUGUAUUAACAUUAGCACAUUCGUUCAGAUUAUCUAGAAAAUUUACAAGACUAGAAUGAGAUCUAAACGCUGCAAUUUAUCUGGCAAACAACAUAUUAUCUACAAUCAAAAGCUGAGCAUGAACAAUUACACGUGUUUAAACUUCCCUUUGAACACACAAAUGAACAUACUAGUAUGCAACUAUGAAUAUCAUGCGUUCCCAAUGAUGUACGAAAAUUUUCAGUUAUUUUGCUCUUCACCCAAAUUGUUUAAAGAAACAAAUCAAUGUUCUUCCCGUUGUUUAUUUAGCUUAUAUCGAUAGCAUCUAAGAUAUUCGAUUUAACUUAGAAGAUAGUGUGAUUAUAUUAUAAUCGUAGCAUAGAAUUAACUUGAAAUGUUACUUUUCACUUUUUUUAUUAAAAUAUCAAGAGAACAAAAAGGAAUAUCCCAACGUUUGGAGUUGUUUAAAAUAUGAUGUUUAAAAACCCUUUUUUCUCAAUAUGAAAUUUAUAUUUUAUUUGAGUCAAUAAAUAUUCAUUAUUUAUUUA